AGCCCCGAUUCCAGGCCUCGGUUAGUCGUGCGAGGUGCGAGGGUCGCGCAAGCUCGCAAGCUCGUCGUCGCCGCGCUCGUACUCGUGCUCGUUGCCGCCGCCUCACCAAUGACCAGCUGUCAGCGGGAGGCUGGACCAAUUUGUAAUAUCUGACUCGUUGGUCCUCUGUCCAUCCGAAUUAUCGAUCGACCGAUCUGAGGCGAGGACGAAUGAUCCAGGAGGAGGAGGAGGAGGAGGAGAAGGAGAGAAACUAAAAGAGGAACGAAGCUGCCGGAGACGACGACGAUGCCAGGAAACGAGUGGAGCACGCAGUCGGACUCUCGAUACGCGAGAUAGUGGAGGACACCCGAGGGGGAUAACAGUGGCGAUAGUGACCAGUGAUCUCGGCACGAUUAGCAGCUUAAUUGAUCAGGUGCAGUAUCCUUCUGCUGACUCGCUGACUGCGCCGUGCGCGUCCGCCCACGAAUACCCUCUUCUCACCCCCGCGAGCGAUGCUGCUUUCUCCUCUCUAUUUUCCCCUGCCGCCUACCCCUGUUCUAUUCCGCUGCAUGCGCUCGUACACUUGUACUCGCCGCAGUGUCGUCUGAUUAAUGAGAGACACACGAGCGGUUGAAAUUAAGAAACCCGGCACGUAGCCGAGGACGACGCGACUUUUACGCGCUCGCUCUCGGACGCUCUGCCGCUGUCGCAUCGAGCUGUGCUCCAGGUGUGCCUGCUUUCGGCUGACUGUUCAUGUAUGUCGUUUGUUUAGCACUUGACGGAGCAAUCGCGCCAUAUCGAGGAUGAAGAUAUAAAUAGAUGUUCCAGAAGUGAAUCGGCAGGGUAUCUCUCGAUGGAGAGACCGCGAGACGCGAAAGUCGCCGCGCUGUUCGCGCCUUAUUUAUUCAAGGAGCUCUCCCUUGAGAAGGCGCAAACUCUCCUCGCUGAUUCACUUUGAAUAUAUAAAAUUAAAAGCAAUGUUUAGCGCGCCAUAGCCACGAUUUAAAGGUGAUUUAAAGAAAUCGUCUUCCCCACAAUACGAUUUAUCACUUUUUGAUAGGCGUUUUACGAUCUCAAUCCUCUUUGCGACACUUCUUUCACUUCCCCCUUUUUUCCUCUCUCUUUCUCUCUCUCUCUUUCUUCUACUCUCUCUUCGCAUAUAGUUUUAUUUCUAUCUCUCGGCUCCCUUCAAAAUUCCCCUUCACCACGAUCAAUGAACUUGGAAGCCGAGCCGAAAGAUAAGCACACGUCUCGCGAAAUAGCCGAGUUUAUGGCUCGUCCAAUGUGGAUUGGAUCGAUAUUUUAUGAAAUAAAAAAAAAACAUGUAUGGAAAUCUUCGCUUGCGGUAACCAGAGCGUACGAAGCAAUCAGUUUUUCCUCUUUUUUUCUUCUCCCUUUCUUCUUUUCUAUUUUUUUUUUCCAGUUCCAAUACGUAACCUUUCGCACCCUUUUUGCGAUAUAUUGCCGCGUACUCUCGGCAAAUUAUACCAAAGUUAUGUCGAUCAUUUCGAUUAGAUAGCCGUGCCGAAAACCUUCAUCACAAUGCGGACGAGAAUUCUUUCGGUUUUUAUACUCUCUCAAUUACUCUCUACAGCCUUCACAAUUUCCGGAUAAUUGUAUCACGCGCUCUUUCACCGAUGGAUAACCGCCGUGCGAUCCCAUAUACGUUCCAACCACCCUCGCAUUUCAAAUUUCAACCGCUGAAUACGUAAUAUGGUUCAUUUGAACCGGGUAAUUUUAAGUGCGUGUAACAUUUACAUGUAAAUUAAUCUCUAACCACCUAAAUUAAUUCUCAUCAGCUUAUAAGUUCAUGACCCCUGUUUCUAUAAAUAUUAAGCUCGAGUUACUCGAGGAUUUCGCUAUUUAUUCUCCUUUUAAUCAGAGCUUAUCAAACCUCGAAUCUUUUAAUUUGUGCUUAUAAAUAGGACAGUUGGAAAGAAAAUUAGGAAGUAGUAGCAAUUAUUUCACAAAAAAAAUAAAUAAAAUAAAGAAAACGUUUUUACAACAGUACAUUCUAAAGUUAUAUAAAUAAAGGAGAAAUCAAAGCGCAAACAAAAAAAUUAAUUAUUUAUUUAAGCAGAGAUUGUAGUCAAUUUGCUGUUUGAUCAAAAAAAAAUCUCUCUCCUUACAAAAAGUAAAAAAUAUAGCACUCACGUCUAAUAUACGUUUACGUCCUGAUUCUAGGUGUACAUAUGCUUCGAUCAAAUCGAUAUCGUGGCGUAUGAUGAAACAAAUAUGGUGUGAACGUAAUUAAAAUAAUAAAUUUUUUAAUGCGGAAAUUAAAUUAAUAAUCUCGUAACUCACACACGCGCAAUUUUCAAUCUGUAUUUGAAGUGAAUAUUCAACGCUACUCUUGUUUGUUAACGAUUUAAGUGUUACACGAGCACGAGUACGUUUCGAGUACACAGUGUCAAGUCUCGUCGCGAUAUCCAAUUUCAAUGCGGAGCAAUUAUAGUGGGAGCGUGUUUUCGAUAUAUCCGUUAGGUCUCAAAAGCCAUCGAAUUUAUUGCAAAGCCGACUUCAGUAUUCCGAAACCGCGUUUUUUUUUUUUCCAUGCGUCUACCUCGAACACGCGUGUCGAACAGAUCGACGGAUGUUCGAGCUGGAGGGUUGUUUGUGCUCUACAAUCUAUAUGCCGUUAUCACGAGUGCUUUAGCUUUGCCGUCGAGAGACGUGACCUAAAUGAUUUUAAAAAAGUGAGAGAGAAAAAAUAUGAUCGAAGCGUAGAAUUCCCUUAUAUAGAGCGCGCGUACAAUGCUCUUAUAUUCGAAUUUUCUGUCGUAAAAGAGGAUUCUUAAAAGUGAGACGAAAAAUGAAAUUUCUGAAAGUUUCUCUAAAAGAGAAACAUUUUAAAAACGAUUAUAAAUAUAAAGUAAAUUGAAAAGCAAAAACGUAUGUAAUUAGAAAGCGCUUGUAUCUUCAUUCAUUUAAAAAAAAUCGAUAAUUUUUAAUUUAUAAAAUUAAAUCGCUAAUAACUUUUCUUAAUCUGUUUAAUUUCUAAUAUUACGUCGGAUUUAUAAAUUUAAUCUCUAUUUAUAAAUUAUACAUUUGAUAAAAUUAGAGAUACGUAAUGAAUCUUUCAGAUCCCGCUGCUUAAUUCAUUUGUAAUGAAAAAUCAAUCUGAAUCGUUUAAGCUUCGUUUAUCCUUUUUUUUUGCAAAAGGCCAUAAGUAAAUCUGGCAAUGGAAGAAAAACACGCGGGCGUCUUAGUUUUAAUAAGAAAUUGAUAAAAACAAUUCCACAAUAAAGGUUGAAAGUAUAUCGCGUAAGUAACCGAUAACUGCAAGGUUCAGCCCGAGUUUACCCAUUAAAUAAGAUACUUUCUUUUUAAACGUUUUACACAAGUUUCCUUUAUAAAAACAACGUGAUGAGGCGAGCAAGACGUAGCUUAAUAAAUGUUCGAGUCUGAUCGCUCGCAGAGUUACCUCUUCCAUGAAAAAUUCAACAUCGGGUGCAACGUCGUGGAAAAAGACGGAUCUUCUAUUUACCUUUUUGUAAUUUAUCGCUGAUAUAUUAUCGUGUAACUUAAGGAAGUUUAACGAGCCUCACUCUGACACAUUGACGUAUGCGAGGCCUCGUAAAAAUGGCGUCUCCGUCGCCGAGAAAUUUACUCGCUGCGCGAGUCAUUUCCACAACGCACUAAUUAAUGAAUGUAAUUAUUUAAUUGCUGACUACGGAAAAUGAGAGUGUUGGACUGAAAAAAAAAAAAAAAACGACGGAAUGACGUUGGACAAUGUGAGAGACAUGCAAAAUAAAUCGCGUAAUAUCCAGACGUAAACUCUACAGUGCAAAGGAAUGAAAGUCGAGUAAAAAUUGGAUUAAGAAAUGAAAUAUUAGCGUAUAAUAUUAAAUUUUAGCCAACUUUUUUUGUAGCUUUAACUAUUAAGGAUGUCUGGGUCAUAUCUCAAAACGUUACUAAAAAUAUUAAAAUUUUAUUAUAUAAUCUUCUAUUAUUAUACAUUUCAGUAUCUACGUAGAAUUUCAGCACAAUUCACUCAUUGGUUUAGAGGUUAUUUAAUUUUUUUUGUUUUCUCUUGAUUCUUAUGUAAAAUCGCAUUUGCAGCUGUUAUGUAAAUUCGAUGAGCAGGUAGCAAUACCAAUUAAAUCAAAAUUUUGACACGUACUAAUAAAACUCUAAUAAAUAUUCGUGCAAAAAUUCAUUUUGAUUCACUGCUUGUUUAAAAGUUAUUUGUGUUUGAAACUGCAGCAAAAUAUAAUAAUUUUCUCCGCACAAAUUUAAAUCAUGUUAUAAAUCAAAUUUUUCAUUGUUUUCUUCUUUGCAGUCUAGUUUCAAGGCAAAAAUUCGGGCAUUCGUGGCCAAAAGUUUUUGUCGCCGAUUAGGAAAAAAAGAAUAAACCUAGAGAAGCUUUCAGUUUUUAAAUUUCGAUAACUUUUAACUUGUAUUGUGCAGUCAAAAUAUUUUUAACUUGUGUAAAAUUUUCCACACAUAAAACACUAAAAGUCAUAAAAGUGUGAUAGACUUUCUUUCUGAAAUAAUCAAUCUAAUAAUACUUGGUAUAUUUUUCCAUCACACACAGUUAUUAGAAAGAAUUAGAUAUUAUGACAAUUUUAUUAAUUAGAAAUACAGCUUUAUAUAAAUUGCAUAGAAAAGAUGUUGCAUCGCGGUAAUCGUUAAAAUCUCAAGACCAUUUCAACUGCCGCGGCAUAAACUUCCAUGUGAAACUAACUUCCAUGUGAAACUCUUCGGCCGGUUUACAGUCCAGAGAUCAUUAAAUAGACAAGUAGAGUAGGUUUCGUGCAUUUCCACCAGAUUGCAGUGUGCACGUAUUAGCGUUAGAAUUACAGAAUGUAAUCUUCUCUCUCACGAGCGCGAUUCCGUUUCGUAUUUUAAAGAAAAAUGCGCUUAGCUCGUGCAACUGCAACUGCACUGUUGAAAGAGAUUUCAUUUGAUGCGCGGAUACGAUUUCAGGUCGAUGCGAGGAUCAUUACAGUCGGCGAAGAAUAAUGUGAACGCUUGAAAAAUGCACUGCAUCACAAUACAAUAAACUACACACAUUUAUUGGUAACUUUUAAUAUUAACUCUCAAUGGAAUACGAGAAAAAAUCUCGAGCUUUCAUUUAUCGUAACAAAAAGCAAAAUAUAAAAUUGAUACCGGACGCAUAUAUAAAUAGAACAACGUGAAAUACACGAGCAUUCGGCGAGAAACACGGGCUGCACUGGCUACAGUCGACUUUACUCUCUCUCUCUCUCUCUCUCUCUCUCUCUCUCUCCCGCAUAUAUAAUCCGUACGGUCGCAUUUGUGCAUGUCCAUCGAUUCGAAAGUAGCGUCGUCGGAAACGCGAAACGAUAUCAAACCGGGUGCAAUCCGACGACGUUGUUGAUGCGACAUGUGAAAUCGAGUAUCGAUGACGACGGGGCGGCAUCAAAGCCGGACACCCGGUGUCCAUCUAAAUCGGCAUCUGCUCGUAUCUAGGACCCCGCGCGCAUGACACAAACGCGAAUUAAAUCCGCGCUUUUGUCCAUAAGCGCGUAUCGAACCGGUCGACCUCGCGUCAAACUUGACCCCGUGUAGGUCGAUGACGGAAUUACACGGCAUAAAAUAGUGCUUUCUUCUACGCGACAUAAAAAAAAGGAAAUUAUAUUUAGAAAGGGCUCACUUCGAGCAAGAGCAGGUGUACGUACGCGAACCUCGGAUGCUGCCCGUAGAAUCGCUCUCGUCGGCAAUUGAGACAACUUUUCUACUUAAACGCCAUAUUAUUUCUUCUAACGUGCAUCUCUCUUUUUUCAAUAUCUCGGGAUUACAUUCUACCCGUUAUUGUCGACCGACUUUCCCCUUGUGCCGAUAAUAAAUUCCAGAUACUGGCAGGUAUUCGCAAACUGCAAUUUGUACAUGUGCGAGUCAUGUACUCGUUUCGCGGUACAGCUCCAUUUUUCUGUCAGUUUUUCUCCCAUUUUUCUCCACGCUCGCGAUUAUCAGAAAUAAUCACAAAUUGGUUUUUGAGAGGAUUUUCGGUCGCGGGAAAAAUUAAUCGCCUAGCAAAAUUCGACAUUUUUUUUUCCUUCUCCGGUAUCAUAGGGAGGGAUGAUUAUAAAUCGCUAAUCCACGAUUUAUCAAACUUGACGGUCGUAUCAUGUCUAAUGCUCUCGUCUCAGUUUUAAUCUUUCUCAAGGUAAAUUGAGAAAAGUUAGGCACACGUCGGAAAAUUCGUAUUUUUCUUCGUUAGUAAAUUUAAAAUAAGCAAAAAUUAAGUAUGGAAAAUUACAGCUCGUUUAUUAAAAUCCACGGAGGAAUAGAAGAUUAAUCCGAUUUACGGAAUUACCGAUGUAUAGAAUAACUUUUCAUAUUGUUCUAACGGAAAAAAUAAUAUUAAAAGAAAUUCUCGCGGGAAAGUAUGUUGUUAUAUGAUAUUACAAGAAUCAUUAGCAGUAAUUUCAGUCGAAAAACACCGACUGAAAUAACCGUAGCGCUAAUAUUAACUCGCGCUUCUUAAUCACAUUACAGCGAGCGUAUAUGUGAAACGGUAAAAAUCUCGCGAGAUUUAGCUGCAUUUUGAAAUGCAGCGACGGAUCAAAAUCCAAAAUCUCACGAGAUAAAAAAAUUUCCCCUGCUUCAUGCACCUAACCUAAUCCGAUAUCUAGAUUGAUAAUUGGAAAAUACCUUCGUCGAGCAACAAUAUAGCGUGUCCGUCGGUCUGCGGAAGAUUUCUCGAAUUUCCAGAAUUUGCAUACAUUAGCCUUCGCCUACGCGAAAUGGUAGCUUUCACAUUAUAUGCUAGUCGCAGCGAUUGCAGCGGCAAGAAUGACUACAUUAUCUCACCGCUGCAGCCAAUCCUGAAAUCCUCUCGACGGUAUGUGCUCCUCGCGUCUCUGUGUGUGAACUCACUUAACGCGUGUGGUUUCGCGUGUAAAUUACAUGUGGUUUGCAGUUGUCAUUCAGUCGUUAUCGCCCGUUGCACUCUGUCACGCGAAUCUGUCUUCAAAAUUAUUGGCUUUUGCGCGACGACGGAGCAAUUGCGAAGCAGUUGCGACCUUUUUUCCUUUGAAUCGACACGAGAUAGCGCGAGAAAACUUACGAAUGUUACGCGAAUGAAAAAUUUAUACGAACGUUUCAUAAAUUUAAAAAUGAUAGAGGACAAAUGUUACAAAAUAUUACAAAAUAUGCGCUAUAGUAUAAUAUAAAAAUGUGAGGCGGAAUUUCGAACCGGCGGCCUCGCCACAUUGCGUUUUCUAGUGUACACGGUCCAAUAAGCAACAGUCUAUUUUUUGUCGAAUAAAAAGACUGUAAAUUUCCAUUUCCUGCCACCGGGGGCGACGAAAGAGUCCUUCCAGAUUCAAGAGUCAACCGCGGAUGAAAGUCCUUUGUGAGUUUACAGGUCGCGUACACAAGAACACUAAGUGAUCGGUCGAACGGCUCGAUGUACCGCGCCGUGAAUUCUUGCAUUCGCUUUUGGCCCGUCAUGCAAAACCACCUGCGAACAAUGCACUCCCGGGCCAAAUUCUGCGCCUGAGAUUGGGUGCGCGCGGUACGAGAGAUAACGUUAUUAUACCGUUCCCAGAUUUGUAAGAGCGCGAACAAUAGUGCGGCAUUUCCCUCGUUGCCCCGGCGGGACGCGUGCCGAUAUUUCGGCGAGAUGAAAUGUUGCUACGUAUCAACAAAAAGGCAAAUAGUCGGCUGGCGUGUGAUCGACGGUUCGCCGAGUAAAUAACGGUGUGGGAUGACCCGAAUGUGACACGUGUACCUGUAGGCACAACACACGCGGGGGUAACGAGAAUACAGACAUGUAUUCUCGUCGCACAAUGACUUCUCCAUUAUCGAAUGCUAUAAUUUGUUAGCUGUAUGUACGCGAUGGACGUAUAUAAACAGCGUAUUGACGUUUCCCACGUAUUACCCUUACAGAACUUGGACAAUUUGUGCUAGCCAAAUAGUACUGUAUUAAUUACUUAUAUAACCACUGUAAUUAGCUUACUAUAUUACUCUUGUAGAAAUUGGGCAAUUUAUACUGGGCAAUUAACAAUGUAUCAAUUACUUAUAAUUAAUGCCGCAUUAACCCGUUUUGCAGCCCUGGGCUGAAAUAUUUAAACUGCCUUUUCUUUUCUAAACUGUCAUGUAAUCCAAAUAAAUUUUUUUCGGGAACUUUAUUAUAAAAUAUUAGAUCAUCAAACGCUCAACUAAAAAAAUUUCUAAUGAUUACCAUCCUGUGGUUAUAGCCCGCUCAGUCCAUGUCUUGAUGCGGCCUUAUAAUGAAUAUUAAAAGCACAGUUAAUAGUGCUUUUUUGGCCGAUUUAGGCCAACUGUAAUAAAACUGUACUAAACUGGCCAAUUUUUGUAAGGGUAUGAUAUACUAUAAUCAAUAAUGGGGAUCAUUGGCAUGGAAGCGUUUCAUUAUCUAGGGCCAUUAGACCAUUGUCUAGAGCUCAAAUUUAUGAGAAUUAAUUUCCGUUCCCCUGUUUCCUUUAAAAAAUGAUUAAUUCGCUAAGAUUAUACGGUUGUUACAUCGUAAGAAUAGUAAUUAGUAAUUAUUUCCUCAACAUUAUCGAUAUCUUUCAAUCAAAGCUCUAUCUGCGGCAUGAAUAGCUUCGAUCGCGGAUGCAUUAUCGGUGGGCAGCACUGUGCGAUUAUAACUAUAGAUAUAUCUAAUUUCCAAGAUCCCAUCAUGCUCCGACAGAUCUAGCACUUCGUAAUUGCCAUUGAGCGUCGUCCAAUCUCGACUGACAUUUGGCAUACACGCGCAAAGUAUGUAUCUAUGUCCAAAUCUAUGUCGCGCGUUUAUGUACACUUUAUGUAUAUAUAACAGACAAUUGUUCAACAAGAAAGUAAAAAAAAAAACAGCGUUCCAACAUCAAAGAUAUAUAAAGUAAAAAUGAAGUUUGAAUACGUUUUCCCUAAUAAACUCAAACGAUAGAAUAAAAAAAAAUAUAAACAGUGUGAAAAAAAUCUAGACAAUUACAGAACAAAGCAGAUGACAGAUUGAAACGGAUCUUCUUUCGAUUACUUUAAUCGUGACGUCUUUCUUUUCUUCUCCCAAGAGCAUGUGCCAAUAGUUUCAAAAUUAAAUCUGUGUGAACCUGUUCUUCUUGCUUAGUUGAAUUGCUACGCAAACUUGACACGUGUGUGCACGGUUGACGGAAAAUGCGUUGCUCUAGCUAUGUGUACUUAGUUGUUGGACAUUUUCCGUAAGAAACGUUGUCCGAACACGUCUGAAAGAGAAACCGUCAAGUUCUCCCGAUCACAUUGUACGAGAGCCGGUCUUACAACUAUGCGCAAGGCAAGCACAGGGGGAUUUCGUUCUUGGCGGUACAAAGGAUACUUUGAUGUAUUUUGAAUUCUUGGCGCAGCUCUGUAGCGAACGAGAUUUUAUUGUAUGGCUUACAAUAAUAUCGACUCGCAGCUUUGUAUUACAUUUGCCCCCUCUCGGGAAAGCAAUCGCCAAAAUCGCUCUUGCAAAUCGAUAUACAUUAUCGAAUAGCGUACGUAUUGCAAAUAGCUCAAUGCAUCCCUUAAUAUCCCUAAAUAAUUUAUAACUUAUUUUUCACUUAUUUUUAGAACAGUAAAACAAACAAAAAUAAGUAUGCACACUGCAGUUUUCACAAUCCGUAAGCUCGAUUGUCACAAUAGAUGUUUGGAAUAUAGAAUAUCUUUUUUUAACGAAUCAAUAUCAAGGAGAAUUACCACCAUUUAUGGAGAAUUACUACUAAUUUCCUUAUUUUUGGCAUUACGCAACUGCGUAAUUAUGGAAUUUAUUAACUGCAAGAUUUUCAUUACAUCAUUCAUUUUAAAUUCAUCAAAGAGCUUGUCAUUAAAACUAACGUUGCAAUCUCUCCGAAACACUCUCUUCGUCCUGUCUAUCAUUCAUCAAAAAUUCAAGAACACUCUCAUGUACUCUACGUUAAGAUCUAGAUAUAGAAUAAAUUCAGAUACAGAACUUGUUCAAAUUACAUUUAAGAUUAAUUAUAAUCUGUAAACAUCAUUAAGGUUUCUUGUAGACAUUUCGUUCUUCUGCCGAGGCGUGUUUCAAAGCGACUUGGACGAGAAUGUCAACUUGAUUCUUUCGCGCUGAUAUUUAUAAGAGAUCUUUGCCGUUUUUUCGCGUUACGUCGCAACCGAAGUAUUACGUUUAGCGCACGUUCUUCGCGAUAGAACGCCGCAUCAGGGCGACGCGUGUUACCUUGCAGGUAGGCAGUCGUUUCUGCGUUACAGCCUCCAGCGUGCUCCCUGCAACAUCAUAAAAUUACAAUGGCAAAUUGCCGCACUACCGAAAAGUUUUCCGAUAAAACCGUCACGCUCGCGAAAAGCUCCUCCACUCUCGUCCUCGGCUUUCGAUAAAUCGUUUUCUGACGCGAGGCAGGUACUUCCAAUGUGUCUCUUAAGAGCCAACUUUCCUUUCCCUUGUAAUAAAAGCAAACUUGGAAUGUGUCCUCAAAUAUUAUGUUUGCCAAUUGAUAAUUUGCUCGCGAUGCGGAUUACAUGGAAGAAUUUUGCUUUUAAUGUUUUUAAGCGAAAUCGAUAUAAAUUUCAAUUUUGCGUAUUAAAUUAGGAAAAAAGAUAAAAACUGGAGAUAAAUUUAAAAUAAAAAUAUGUGAUUGAAAAAAUUUUUACCUUAGAAAUAUAAAAGAUAAAAAAAAUAUAUAACCAUCUGUGGUCUAUAAAAUUAAUUCAAACUAAAACGUUUUAUUUCACCGCUCAAAAAUAUGGGUUAUCUCUUCAUUCCUUUACAGCAUCAAAAUUUAAGCUAAAAUCAAAAUUACAAUUUUUAAUCCCUUGGAUUAAUUAUCGUUCGCGAUCCGUAGAUGACCUAUGAUUUUAAUAGGAUGCAUUUUAGCAUGAUACAAUGUACGUUAAAAUGCACUCACCCGUAAAUGGAUUAUUUAAUUUUGCAAGCGAGAGUAGAACGCAGUAACAUGCGUGCCUGCAGGAAACUGAAUAAAUAAAACUGAAAUUUAGAAUGUCAGGGAGCAUAGCGUCUCUUUCCUUCUACGAUUACAUUCAUGUGUAUCAACAAGCAAAUAAAAACACAUUAAAAAACAAAAUCUGUUGAGUAUUAUUAAUGUAAUUAUUAUUCAGUGUUUCCAAGUAAUCGAAACAUUUAUUCUUUUUUAUUGUGUUAUUUCGUAUAUUCCAUGAUUUAAAUACUUUUUUUUCUAAUAAAUACAUUAAAUUUGCCUGGUUUAGUAAUUCAAGAAAAAAUAAACUGUGAAGUAACAAGAUAUUUAUAAAUCUCAUUUAAUUUUAUUUAAUACGACCGUUAGAUGAUGAUCAUGGUUUUUGGUAUGGUAUGAUUGGAAAAAACGAGCAAAAAAAAUUACUAUAUUUUAUAACUGUCAUGGCACUAAACAAUCAUUUAAAAAUCAAGAUGCAAAGCGAUGAGAAUAAAUACUAGUUAUUAAUAUCCAUUAUGUAAUAAUCAACAGAACGUUUUUUUACUUCUUCAUAAAAAAAUCGGAGUAGCAAAUAAUAUAAAAAAAAAAAAAAAAAUAUCUGCAAAUUACGUAUAAUUCUCAAAACAUGUAAAACGGAUUUGUAUACUCUAAUGAUGUAAACUACAAGCUUCAAGCAGCGAUACGAUUUUGUUGUGUUUUAAAAUAUUUUUCUCGAGAAAAAAGUAUAAGAAAUGUUAUGAUAUAUAGAGAAGUUCCAUUGGUUUGCUAAAAGCCUUUUUGAUAUGAGAGGUUUAUUUUCUCUCUAACAGGAAACUUGAAAUUGAAUCCGUUGCAGAAACAAGUAACUUAUCUCGCAGGUGCAAGCAACGAGCUUUUAUAGUAUUAUCUUUACACCUGCAAUCAGUAUUGUACGAGAUGAAAGUUAACUUAAGACAAUGACGCGUACUGCGCAUCUAAUGACAAUUAUCCAGCGAUUGAAUAAAACUUCGUCGGUAUCGAUUUUUGUUAUGUACAAUGUAGAUACGAUACAAUCAUUGUGUCUCAUGCGGCAUUGAAAUAGUUGAAUUACAGUGAUUUGUAACCUAAAUUACCUCAUCAUCGUGUCUUUUACUAUACGGAAUAAAUGUGGAAAAAAUGACGUGUCCAGUAUAAAAAGCUAAUAUGUAAAAUAUCAUGCAAAAAUAAAAAUCCACGUAAAAUAUCAAAGAAAUACGGUUUUAUAAAAAAAAAAUCAUAUUAUUUUUAACGAAAUUUAAAACCACUCUGUUUGAUUAUACGUUCUUGAAAACAGUAAUACUUUACACUAUUUUCAAAAACGGAUACGAAAAAGUCAAUCCUCAAUACUAAUCAGUGACGGAAAAAUUUUCAUUAAGAAAAUUACAAAAACUUAUAUAAUAAAGUAUGCAGUUACAACAACAAAAAAAUAGAAUUUAUACUAUUGAGAAAUUUAAUUUUACAAUUUUGUUUUACAACAAAAUUGUAAAAUUAAAUUUCUCAAUAGUAUAAAUUCUAUUUUUUUUUUUUUUGUUCAAAUAACAUGCGCACAAGAUUCACUUGUUCUAUUUGCUAAACUCAAACCUUAUUGUACCUACAUUCAUUCGUUGCUUACUUUGAAAAUAGCGAUUAUUCAGCUGCGUAUGCCUCCUCGAUUUCGCUACAAAUUAUGCGUAUAGUACACAGCGAAAUAUAAUCGAGGCGUAGUAGACACCUUUAUGCGGGCUUAUUGUCUUAUUGAUUCGCUUCGAAAUCCAUUUAGGUAGGAUAAACGGCACUAGACAAUAGCUCACGUUCAACAAGUAACGAAGCUAAACGAUUAGUAAUCUACUUAGCUAUCAAUCGAAAACUAAACUAACCAGCCAAUAGUCUCUAGCGCUUAAUUUUUUUUUUUUACUUAAACGAUCAAUUUUAUCGAUUAUUUAAAAAGUAUAUUAACAAGUUUAUAAAAAGGGAACUAAAAGGAAUGUGCUAUUAUAAAACAUCUCAACCAUUGGAGAACUUAAGAUAAAAAAGUACAAGUGCUUUUAAUACGAUCUUUUGCAAAAAAAAGAUCGAGAUUAAUUAACCUUUAAAAAAUUAUACAAGCAAUUUUGCAGCAAAGUUCGCAAUAUUAAGCAAGAAUAAUGAAACACUGUGCAUGUCGAUUUCUCGACAUUCAAUUUCAAUUCAAUCUGUCGAGAAAAUGAUGCCGCUGCACAUAUUCUCACAUCUUUACUUUUUAUCUUUCCCUCUCGAUGAGCAUGUUGAAUGGGACAGCAAAAUACAAGAGACGCACGGAGAGAGGGCGAAAGAGGAGUGUAUGAAGAGAAACUUACGAAAAAAAAUAAGAGAGCCCAAAGGAGGAGAGAUUCUGAUAAAAUAGGUCGUGGACUAUCAGACUAUCUUCUAUCCGUUAUAUUUGUCUUUUAUUAGCUCGUGUCAUUUAUCGCUUCCAUUUAAUCGCGCACAAAAGAAACGAGCACUGGAAGGGAAAAAGAAAAGGAAAACAGAAUUGAGAAAACAAAUCGAUAGGGAAGGAUAAUCGGAUAUCAUAUCGACGCAGUUUGACAUUAACGUUGAGUAUAACUCGAUUUUCGUAGCUGACUCUCUCCCCGAUCACGUAUCGCGCUUUUCCACCGCUCGAACCAUCGUAUUACUGGAUUUCUAAAGAGAUAUAUAAACGUAUUACAUUUUUCUAUUAUUCGAAAAAUCUGUCCGCCAGAUUAAGCUCUUUAUCCUAUCUCCUUUCUUCCAAUAAUAAUUUAUUUUAGAUAUUUUUUUAUUCUCGAAAGAUUUCCCGCAAUUAUUUGUCUCUCAUUCGGCGAGACCCUCUAUCGCGUCCAUUGUCCACGUUCAGCGAUUCAGCUGUCUACUCGACUUUUGCUUUUAAUUAAAAAAUACGCUAGGAAUAGAUAGACAGCUGGCAGGCGUGGUUUAAUAAGUUUCGCCGUUCAUUCAAACAACGCAGGAAAAUAAGAGGAAGGUUGGCAGAGGGAUGAUGCGAGGUGAACUAAGAAAGCACGUACGGCAAAGGCGAAAGGAGGAAGAGAGAGAGAGAGAGAGAGAGAGAGAGAGAGAGGAGAGGAGAGGAGAAGAAUCCAAUAGUCCAAUACCCCCGGCUAGAGCUAAAGCUCUUUGUCUCUCUCGCUCUCUCUCUCUCUCUCGAAUGCCGGGAUGCCAAUAGCUCGCGUACCUCAGGCUAUGUUCCUGCGUAUCGUGAUAGGUCGCACUAGUAUUGGCGCGCACCUAGGCGUAUGUACAUACACCGGUGUACCACUAACGUCUACGUACAUCAAUACGUCAUCCAAACUCGCAAUCGGUGGAAAUUUGCUAAAUAAAUGCGAGCAACAUUAGAACAUAUCCUCUCGGUAAUCCCGCAGAUUUUAAUAUUUAAAGAGUAUCCGUACAAUAACGCGUGUUCGGUAUAUUAAUUAUGUAGUGCAAAUAGAGCGUAUACUGUGUGCUAUAUGUGCGUAUAAAAUGCAGUACAACACACCGACCAUUGUUAUCUGGGUUUGCUUUUAAUUCACGUGCACGCGAGACUAUUUGAAUUGCGGCUCUCGAGCAUAGAGCGCGAAUAAGUCUAUCCGGCAGGCGCGUUACAUAUGGAAAUAAUUUUGGUUUAACGCUCCCAUUGUUCCGAUGUACCAUCAUCCAUCGCGUAUGAACGGCCUGCAAAAAAACAUCCGGAAAGAAAUGCGUGCAAUUCGCGGAAUCUUCCCUCGUUUUAAAAAGAAGGUACGAGAUAGGCUGAAUAUGGAGCGUAACAGCGCGUCGGGCACUAUGGAACUAUGGAGUUAAAUAGUGUCCAGUAUAAUUACACGCCGGGAUGGCUGCAAUUUGGCGAGGAGAAAAUUAUUCCCUGGGGAUUUAUUAAUUCUGCCCUUUGCAGAACUUUUCACAUAGCUUUUUUUUCAUCGUCUCGCGCUUAUUUCUGCAUACUGCAUGCCACGAGUCUCUCCGUUGUUACACGCGGUCCAGACUGCAAAUCGUCUCUCGCCGCUAAUUACAUCAGCGAUUCUCAAACACCUUCAACUCAAAAGUCACAGUAUAUUUUAUAUUUUUUAAUUAAUGAAAUUUGUAUUAGACACGAGAUAUAAUUUGCAUUAAUAACUUGAACUAGACCGUUUAAGUGUAAUCAAACAAAUAAAGAAAAACGAUGAGUCUUGAUGUCUAAUAUAUGGAAAUCUUAAAUACAGUUUUGAGUUUUAUAAAUUCCGCGUCGAAAUAUCUCGAAAUUGAAGCUAAAAAUAAUAUCACAAAUUAAAUUGAUUAAUUUAAUAAUGAUGUUACAAGUACUAACACUGUGCCAUCUUCAGAUGGAACUAUGCGAUAAAUUAUCCAAGGGUCUAAAUGGCCAUGUCUUCAUUCAUGUCUAUGAUUAAAUAAUUUAUCACGUAUGUGGGGAUAAAACAACCGACCCUAAAUAAUUUAGAAAGAGAUUAUUUAGUCCUCUUUUUGGUUCCAACGUAAUACAUUAAUAUAUGAGUGUACAAACUUUGAGAAUCAUUGAAUUAGGUGUACUCGACGCAAUUACGCGUGAUCUGAAUGAAACCUAACGGUUGAGCAAAGUACAAUUAAGUUCAUCGAUCCGUUAAUGUGUAAUGCGGCGAACACGAAAAUAGAACUGUGCCACGAUCACCGAAAAGUCGUAGUCUCGCGCGCGACUGUAUAAGCAGUUUAUCGUAUAUUUUUGCCGACUGACUGAUCAAUGCGCGCAGCUACGGGCAGACACGUUCAUCGGUUUCUGUAAUUAUCGAUUCGCGGAGCUUAAACGCCGUAAACGAGUAGGGUAUUCCCGGAAUUCGUCGGUAUUAUGGAUUUUUCUCCUCGGCCUUGUGACGGCAUGGUCUUCUCGUUCUCACUGAAGUGCUGUUACAGUACGAUGAAGUGUCGUAUGGCGAAAUCGAUAAGUGUUAUAAACGCGCAUGUAUGCAUGUGAUCGUUAUUUACACGUUAUGAAUAAAUCUCGCCCCUUCAUCGCAUAUGUUUUGCUCUCUGGACAAACUGAACUGUUUCGCAAUGCAUUUAUACCCAUGUUCUCCACUCCUUAGAUAUUAUCGAUCAACGCGUACAUUUUAUUUCCGAGAUUCCGUAAUAGAUGUUACGUAAACUGUAAAAGCACUUUAAUCAAUCAAAGUAAGUUGAGCGUGCGGGCUUUAGUGUGCAAGUUGUUUACGCAAUAUAAUUUUUAAACAUACAAGUUUUUUUUAUAUUAUUUAUCAUAUUAUCAUUUUACGUUAUAUAACUGAUUGUCAAUUUAAUAUGGGAUUUUAAAACUGUUCUGCUUCAAGUUAAGAACUGCGAAAAGCACUUGGAGUUUGCCACGGCCGUUCGUCGGCCUUCUCUCGAUUUUAAUAAAAAGUUUUCGAAUUUUCUUUUAAUCUAACUUUUAGUCAAUUGAGUACCGAGAUACGAAUUUUAAUAAUAAAACAAGCAGCAAUGUUUUAAGCACGAUAUCGAAAUCUCAUUUGUGAUGAGUGAUAAGAUUGCCAAGUUGAUGUUCGGUAACAUCCGUUGAAAAGCGGUGAAAAACUUAGUUUUAAACAAAAUCCAACUUUUCUGAGAGCUCGUUCCUUCACACCGUGAGAAAAUGACGCUUCGUCGCGUGUAAAACAUCUUGCUUUGAGCUGCGGCAGAUGGACGCGGUUUUACGGAGUGUCGUUUUGUGGUUUCUCAUAUUAUGUAACUGCUUUUCGCGCUACAGUAGUACUACACGGAAUAUGGUCGGCCGCUGGCAAGGGAAGACUUUACGUCGCACUCGACGACAGACAAAAACAAAUUGACGUAAAACUACCUGACGCCGCUUAAAAAUCGAGCUAGUUUAAUUAAGCAAUUUAAUCCAUUACUUAUCUUUAUCAUGUAUCACGGAUUUAUCAUUUUUUUUUGUUUCUACCUAAUUUUUUUACAGAAUCCUCUAAUCCUCUAAUCUAAUUGCACAAAGUUUUUUAAUUGCAGUAAAAUAAUUAGUGAUUCAUAUUUCACAACGAUCUUAACGUCGUAUCGUAUCUCAGCGACCCUAUUAUUUUUCCGUUAUAAUAGAGUAAAGUAAUUAGUUCCGCGAAAUCCAGAUGCGAUCAAGGCUGCGAUUGCGGCGAGCUACGAUAAAGAAGCAUUUCUCGAAAGGAGCUUGGCUUUCAAAGGCCUUUCGAAAAAGGUCACUAUUGCCAUAAAUGAAUUUGUUUGAUAAGCAAAGAAACUAGCAUUAAAUUUCCGUGAUAGUAUUGUUAGAUCUUGUUAAAUAUAUUCUAAAUUCGUUAUUAUUAAAAAUAAAAAUAUUUGUUGUAAUAAAUGUUAGAGGGAUAAGAGGAAGUUUAACAUUUUAACGAUGUUAAUGGAUAAGCCACAUUGUCAGUUUGAAGCCCGCAUAAAAUUAUCUCUUAAGGAGCAUCGAACCGCGAAGAUCUCUUAAUGUACUGGCUGCGAUACAUCUGAGUGCAUUAUUAACGUGUCGGAAGGUGGUCAACCUCCUUGCAGUCUCCACCCAGCUUUUAAGGUAAUUAAAUGGACCCCCAGCGGGACCGACGAACUGGCAAUGAAAAGCUUUAGCUGGACGCGAAGCAGGCCAAAGGCCACGUUACACUUACGUAUGUCAGCGUUGCGUGUUUCGGAUAAUUUAGAACGCGAGAAGUGUGAGAAAACAAACCACGAGUUAAAUAAAAUAUUACAAGUUGAAGGGUUUCAAAAACUAUCAACAAGUUCAAAAAGUGAAAUUUUCAGGAAACAAAAAACAUUUUCAUCUUCGUAUAAAUAUAGUAAUUCUUUUACGAUAGGUAUAAGCAAAGUUGUAGACUUUUCUAAAUAUUCCGAGGACUCUUAUUUCAAAGAGAAAAAUAAAAACUGGACUUGUUUCGUUCUUGCGGAAAUUUUAUGUUUACUAUGCAUUUAUCCUAUACCAUUUUACAUUUACCUUUUUAUAAAAUUAAUAAUAAAGGUGAUAUUAUUUUAAGUAUAAAGCCAUAAUUUUUUUUUAGUUUUUAAAAUUAAAUAAAAUUUUAACAAGUCAACAGUAGUUUUACAUAUCUUAACGAAAACAUUCCUUCAUAUUUCUCUUUGUAAAAUAUUUUUCUCUGGAUAUAAUAGAUACAAGAGCAAAGACUUUGUUUAGAUUAAUUUUCAAAAGCUAUUUAAAAAAAAACUUCCAAUCUUGGUGUUUGUGAAAAUAAAAAGAAAUUAUAUUUCUCGUUUUCUUCUUUUGAUUCUUGCCGGAAAAUUGUUCGCGAGGUGAAGCUGUUGAUGAAGAAUGCUAUAAACUAAAUUAAAGAAAAUGGAUUCGUUUAGUUUUCGUAAGAAAUCCUUCAAUUAAAUUCUUAUAAAACUUUUUAGAAAGAAUAGUAAAUCUUAUCUUGCAACAAGAAAAUUUCUCUUCUUCUCUCUACAUGUACCGUGUAACGUUUUAAGUGAUGAGGAAUCAAGAAAGAAAUUCUUAAUUUUCCUUGCUAAUUUCUUCAGAUCGUAAUUUAAAUGCAUUCCAAAAAGAAUCAAAUUAUAUUAUUCCUUUGAUGCACGACAAUAGAAUUUUUUUUAUUGAAUACAUUCAUUGUUAUUUCAGAAUUUACUGUUUCCUCGUUUCAUGAUAAAUAUCGUAUUAUUGUAAGAUAAUAGGUAUUAUUAUAUUUCGUUUGUCGCGUUGCCGCUCGUACACGUGAAUUCUGCAAAGUGCGUUGUUUUGACAAAUUGCUCACCCACGCCUAAUGUGCGUCUGUCCUUUUACGUCUAUUUACCUCUUUGUCAUAUGGUCGCUUUGCCAUGAAAGUGAACUGAAAAAUGGAUGGAGUGUCCAGAACGAAACAGGAAUUCGGACCUACAGAGAGAAUGCUGCAAAGCGACAAAGAUGGAGACGCCAUAAGCGCUGAUGGAACCCAUCGCUCUCUCGCAAAUCUGAUUACGUUGUCCUACUAGCUGCGCAACCAUAUUCAUCCACCACUACUCUUUGAAAGGACAUAUAGGUAACAUCGCAUGUGCGCGUGUACAUUGCACAGCUCACCAGACUCCGAUGAACCGCGACCAUCUCGAAAAUCGAAUAGAGGUUUGUCUUCAGCCAUUGAUUUCCGCCUCGUUUGCCGUUCGAGGGAUUCGGACGAACGCGACCCCAGACGCAUAGAAAGAGAGGGAAUCGCAAGUAUUUACGGGCUAUUCCGGUCCGUCACCGGAAGCCGUGGAAUGAGGAAAUGGCGGAACACAGAAAUUAAUUGACUCAAUCAUCGCAACAUGUAUUGGCACUGGUCAAAGAGGGAAGCUCUAGAAAAAUAAAAUCCUCGUAACAACUCGCCGUUGACUCUUUUCGUUUUGUUUCGGAAAAUAUUUUGCGAAUAAAGCGAAACUCUGAAGCCCUCGGCUGUAAUGUUCCGAUUAAUUAAUUUCUUUUUUUUUCUGAUCCGCGUGUAAGAAAGUUGACUUAUUGUUCUACCUACAAUAACCGACUCGCAAUAACGAUCGAUAUUUUCAUUUCUAUACUAAUGCGCCGCAUGCAACAAUAACUGCACUUGCGCCAGCGAUGCAUCAUUUUGACCCAUUUAACAUUUAUGUAAAAUUCAACAGAAAGAUUACUUUAGAUAAUGAGUUUCAACAAGCGGCAUCUGUCGACUACAAUUCUAUUUUAUUGAAAUUGAAUACGUUGGAUCAAAGGAAUAUUAUACUGAUUCUAAGUAUCAGUUGUAAAUGGUUUUGCCCCCAUUCGAUUAGUAAUUAAUUAAUUAGUAAUAAUCAAUUGACUAGAUGAAUACAUUUGUAACGUAUUAUUAUUAUAAUUAUAUAAAUAAUUAUUGUGUACAUCUAUUUUAAUGCUCAGGUAUAAAUUUCAAAUCAAUUAUUCAGCUACUGUCUCGCCUACUUUGUGUGCAAUUGGACCCUCUAAUAUUUUUAUUACUGCAUGUACAUCUCUCCUGUUCUUCGUCAAUGCACUCGAAAUAAAGUUUUUAUUGUUAUUGUUACUAUUAUUAUUACGUCUGUAAAUAUAUAUGUAACGUAUGACAUAAGCGAUACAUUGCGAUAUCUUUUUCUUUAUUAAACACUUAAUGGAAUGCUAUACGGCAGUAAAUAUGUAUUUCGAAGCAUAGCAUCGCGUCGGCUCUCCAGGGAUAACGAGAAAAUGCUUUUUCGAGGUUACCGUCGGAAAUUAUAGAGGGAGAAAGGCCCCUCAGAGACUUCUCUGUCACGUUCCUUGGAUAUUCAUCUACAGCUUGCGUAGGUGAAUAUCCAAGGGUGGAUCUGAAGCAAUACGAAGAAGACUAAAAAAAAAAAAAAAAUGAAAGAAACCCUUCACGCGUCCCAUUGUAGAUUCCUCCUUUCUUAUAUUCUGGCAGCCGUUCUCCUUCUCUCAAACAAUUUCCUUCCUUCUUUGAGACGGCUCUUAUCCCAGGAUAACGGCGAAAGAAGAAAAACUCCCGCGAGUGGGGUGGGUCGAAAACGUGGCGGUCUUGAAAUUCCGCGCGGUCCUAAAGCAUAUUAAACUUGCUAACGGGUGACCUAGUAACCCGCAAGAUUGUACCUCGUUAGAAGUUCCGCUGAGAAAUAACGCAUUUUGGAGAAUGACGAGGAGCAGAUCGAUGGCGAUCUCUCGACGAAUGUUCCGCGAUCCCGGAACCCUUUCAAAAUUGAUGAGACAAUCGAGCGAACAGUGUAUGACACAGCGUUUAAAGUUUUUUUUUUUUAAAUUGUUGAUUUUAUUAAAUAUUAAAGUAAAAAAAUAUUAAAGUGGAACUACCGUUGUGCGCGAUUUAUUUACCCGCGAAAUAAUUUCAUUGGAAACAAAUACAUUAAACAAUAAUAAUAAUGCUGGACACUUCUCUAUUUUAAUUCUACAGAUCUCCGUAGACGUAUUUUAAAUAAAGCAUGUAAGAAUCAAACAAGAUUUGAAUUUUAAGUCUUGGAACGAAAAUGUCAAGGAAAAUAUCGUUAUUUGCCCUAAAUUCUUAAUCUUGAAUUUUUUGUAUCUUGUAAACUUUAAAUUAAAAUUCUCUCAAAGUAAAAUCUCCAUGAAAUUAACUGAGGAAGAUGAUUUUGCUACGCGCUUGCUGCUCGAGACUCCCCUUGAAAUUCUUCGCUGAAAAUGCUUCAUCUUCAAUCGCUUGUUACUGCGGAACUAUUGGUUUCUCAAUAUUUUCGCCGAGCUAAGAAUCCGCGUCAAUUUUAUCAGAGAAUCCGACGCAAUAUUAAAGCGAAGAAAUGUAAUAAUUUAUGGUUUCUAAAAAUAGCACCUGGAGUAAUAUUUCUCGAGAAAAUGUAGAAAUAAUAAUUCUCGAGAAUAAAACGAAGAUUAUGCAAAUAAUUAAUCAUUGUUCCGUUAAGGUUAAAGAUGAAAUGUUACUAUUUUUAGCAGUAUUUCCUCUCGAAACUCUUCUUCAUGCAGACAGAGUUAAACGGCAGUUGUUUGAGUUCGAUAGAGUCGAUGAAAAAAAUCAUUCUAUAGCGGGAUAUUUGAUUUGAGAAGUGAGCGUCCUAGUCAAAUACUCGGUAAAUAUUUAAUCUAUAUCCCUAUUUCCCUCAGGCACUUCCCGACGCACGCUGCACAGCCGGAAGUGCUUCACGAUAGAAUUCGAUAUUUUACUUUUUUAUUGCCUUUUCUCCGCCUCUCUUUCUUUUCAUGCAUCGUUUUUGUGUUCUAUGAUGUAAAUACACAGAAGAAAAAAUUAUUAUCAAAUCAACAAUCAUAUUCUCAUGUACGAACAAGAGUAUAAAAUCAUCCUGAAAGAAGAUGAUAAUCUUAAAUAGAACAAAUUUGUUUUUUACAUGAAGAAUUUCGUUUUCUCAUGUCAGCAAAUUAUGUCUGUUUAAGAUUAUCAAAUUCUUUCAAAAUUUUAUGCUCUUGUUUAUAUAUGAGAAUAUGAUUGUCAAUACUAACUCUUUUCUGUGUACAAAUCAGAUUUGUUUAUUAAUAAAAUAGAAUAUAUUUACGGUACGCCAGGCAUGAAAAAUAUCUGCAUAAUGGAACAAGAACAUGCAUAUUUAAUUAGCCCGCUUUUGCUGUAGCCAAUAUAUUGUAUUAAUUUCAUAGUUUGAUGCUGUGUUAAAAGCAUUAAAACUUGUAUAUACAAGUAUGAGUAUAAAUCUCGUUAACGUAAAUUAUAUUUGUUAAUAUCAUGGCUGCUUCAAAAAUUAUUGUCAAACAUGUUACAGAUAUAGAGAUAUAAAUUAUUAAACAGAUAUAAAUUAGAAACUGGGUACAACGCGUCGCACUUUGCAGUCCCGCACGGCUGCAUUUACAAUACCUCAUAAAUAUGGACCAGACUACAGAAAGUUUAAAGCUUAUCGGAUUUUACUUAAAAGUGAACGUCGAGAUAUAGAACCGUCUCAUUAGACCAGCCAUAUAUUAUCAGCGAUUGGAUUUUAUGAAGCAUUAAUGCCUCAUUGUUCGUUGUACAGCUUAUUGUCUCCUAUUUUACGCGAGAUAAUUGAUUAAGGAUUGCGUUGUUAUACGCGUAUAUUUAUGCAACACUUGAUGAAAAAUGAAAAACAUAUUCAAUUUAACAACGAAAAAUCAACAAAUUGCGAAGAUUAUUAAUCCAGUUUACGUGCGUCAUAAAGCAAAAACGUUCAAGAUUUUAUACUCUCGCAGGAUUUUUCGGGUUUAAUAUUCGAAAUUAUGGGUUGGGCACUUACGGGACUUGGAGUAGCUUUGGUUAUUGUCAUCGCUGCUGGCGCUACACUUGUCUUUUGUAAAAGAUAUUGCAUCGGAUGGCAAUUUAGCACCAGGAAUGUAUGGAGCGUUUGCGAGGAAUGGAGACAAAGGCUUUCCUGGCUUUGGGCACCGCGGGAAGAAAAGGUGGGAUUGGUAAAGGCUCAGCAUCCGACUGCCCAGACAAUACCAGGCCUAUAUCGCCAGACUGGGAAUGCCUCUCAACAUCUCUUGCAUAGCGAUAGCGACCUCCGGUUAGAUGCACAAGGCGCCUUUACCAGAUUUGAGGCUGUCGACAGGGAUCUACAUCCGCCUCUCGGAGGCAGCACGAUACCACCUCAACCGUUAAGGCCCGCUCCUCAGCCACGGCCGACCGCUCGCCCGAGGCCAUCGCCGCUUCAGACACCGAGCACUGUCGACUAUAUCAGGAUGCACGAAGCUGGUCCAGGUCCAUUGACGCCCCCGCCGUCGUUGCAAAGAGGAUCGAUACGAUCGAGAGCUCCCGGUCCGUCCGUGUUCCUCUUUCAGAGCGAACCGCCGAAGAAUCACGACCCCUUCCAGUCGAUCGAGCGUUCCACCUUCGUGUUCGACAAUGGUCCUGCGAAGACGAUAGCGGAGAGCAUCCAAAUGACACCUUAUUCCAAUCAGAACCACGUAGAUUCUAGAUUAAUCAGGUACAAUAUCGAAAUUCCCGAUAAACAAUAUUUCCCUUUAACUUUAAUACGAUUACAAAGGCUAAAACUAUUAAGUCGUCUUUACUCGAGCUUUUCACAUCGACUUUACAGGCAAUUCGAGCCUCCUUCCAAAGAGCCGACGUGGCUUAGAUAUGGUAUAAGCGCACCCGUAGAUAAUCGCCAUGACAAGUUGAACGACGAGGAUGUCAAUAGAAGUUAUGGCAACUAUGAGAUUGUCCAGAGGAAUCACGUCGCGCGACCAUACGCGAGGAACGAGUCCAGAGGGUUUUCGGAUAGCUUCAACGCGACGAAUUCGUCGAACGCAACCAACCAGAUGAUCAUGGAGUCGAUUUAUGGACCACAGACCAUCUCCAAGUUGCUUCAGAACAGCGAGGAGCUGAACGGCGACCUUAACCGAAAGAAUAGCGAAAUGCAGAACAUCGAGAUGACUCCGUUCAAGAGUACUUCCGGCCAUGAAGAAGAUAUCGAUCCCUACACGUUUCACGGCGACCUAUCCAAGUCGCAUGAUCUUCAACGAGUCUCUCAGUAUAUUCAGAGCUUACCUGACCUGCCCGUUUACGAAUCCAUGAACGAGCUUCAAGCACGCUCGAAUCGCGAGUCGAUACUGUUCGCCAGCGCGAUUCAAGAAUCGAUCGUAGAUGAGACAAAAAUCGCGAGCGAGUCUGCUUUGAGCCCGAUACCGCCCCCACCCGCACCUCCGGACCCAUCCCAGGAGAUCACGAAGAAGAGCAGCCCGACAACCGGUGAGAGAAUCUUCAGCGCGCUCAGAUCAGUCACCUCGCAGAGCUACAUAGAUGCCUCGGAGUUUUAUAAUUCCAUACUCUCCUCAGCGCAGCAAGUACAACGACUUGCGUUUCCAUCAACAUCGCCACCGUUCGUGAACGAUAGCACUGAAGAUCAUUUACAGGAUGCCGAAUACUUGCAAGAUAUGCGAGAUAUUUAUGCGGAAACCGAUCCUGACCUAACUGGUCUCGAUGGCUCGAGACGAAGCUCCGAUCUUUAUAGUCCCGAAUUAAAUCUUGAGGCUCAUAGAACAGCUCAAGAAGUGUACAAUAGCCUACAGGACCCACCGUCGUCUCCUUUAUUGCUUAAAGAUCACAAUUACGAGCCUUAUACUUAUUUAUCAGAUCCCAGUUUUACCCGAACGUCAGAGGAUAUUUUUAAUAGCCUCGAACAAAGACGUAAAAGUAUAGAAAGACUGAAUGGUAUUCACGAAUAUGUAGAACUUGAUGCUGCCGAUCCAUCCAGGAGAAGGAAUAGCCAGGAACUCUAUGCCGCCUUGGAGGAGGUGCAAUUGAAAAGGCGACUUUCACAGAGCCUAGAGGAGUCGUACCUGGGUCACGCGUUAAACGACCUGAACAACGCCAGGUCGGGAAAUCGUCGAGGCUCAUUAGGUAUUGAGCCGGAACCACCGCCCGACGAAUCUACUUUAAAAAGAGCGAUUAGUUGCGAGAGCGUAUGCUCCGAUACUAGCGUCAAUCUAAACGACUUGGAGGAAACGCCUAUCGUAGGACACAUUUGCGUCGGACUCGAACACGAGAGAUGGAGUGGUCGCGGAGGCGACUGCGAAUUCGAUCUGGCUGUAAGCGUCUUGGAAGCCAGGGAUCUCGUUACUACCGACGGCUCUCCUGCGCAAGAUACUUUUGUUAGGGUGUGUCUACUACCAGACAGAGAGACUCAUGUGCAAACGAGACUUUACAGGAGAUCUCCGUCGCCUAGUUAUCAGGAGAAAUUUUUAUUUUUUCCCGAAGGCGGCCCAGCAGGCAGAACCCUUCUCGUUGAGGUAUUUUCUGACGAAUCUAACAUCGGUGGCGGCACCUCUUUAAUUGGCGAAGCCAGUUUGAAGCUAGGACCUACAGCGAGACCGCCAGCUACGACUUGGCUGCCACUCAGUGGACCUGCCUUACCUACUCCGCAUCUAGGAGAGUUGAUGUUCUCUCUCAGUUACCUGCCAACGGCGGAGAGACUCACCCUCGUGGUGGUUAAAGCGCGUAACUUGCAAGGCGCGAGUUCAUCACCGGGUGAUUUCUUCGUCAAGGUAUACCUACUUCAACAAGGGAAAAAGAUGCAUAAGAAAAAGACAUCCGUGAAGAAAGGCGAGAAAAGCCCGAUCUUCAACGAGGCGAUAAUAUUCAGUGUGCCAGCGCAUGCUUUACAGUCUAUACAAUUGAGAUUGACGGUGUCGGAAAUGAACGGAGAUCAAGGUACAAAAGCAUACUCCGUAGGGCACAUCAUUAUAGGAUCUACCUCGACGGGAAAAGCGCUGGCUCACUGGAGACAAAUGUUAACGGCCUUGCGACGCCCGGUCGCUAUGUGGCAUCCUCUCAGGAAGUAGAAACAGAAAUCGCGUUCCAUUCAAAAGUAACCGGGACGACGAUUUACAAAAUCAGUCUUAAAAUAAUCCAGUUUUGAUUCUGGAUCCUCUAGAUAAAAUUCUGUGUCACGCUAUCUCCUUCUUUGAUGUAUUUAACGUCGGGAAGGAUACGCAUAUGUAUAAUCUACGUAAAAUAAGAUAAAAUCUCAGACGCGUGUUGCAAGCGCGUCUGACCCUAUCUAUCUACUGUUGACGGUCGCUUAGACCAUCGCGUGGUAAUACGCGCGAUUAUUGUUGAUGAUGGAAUUUAUGAGCGAAAUUGUAUGCACAUUACUGAAUCGCACGAGCCCCAAUACUAAUUAUCGCAAUUAUUCAGUUGAUCGAAACUGAAUGAAUUCAACGUCAAGCACGAAUGAGCUCCAAAGUGAUCCGCACCAUCGUUUACGUAAAUCGUUACAUGGACAAUUAGAAUGGUUCGGGCAAAUUUUUGCGUUUAGAUUACUUCGAAAAAUCGUGAAAAUUGUAAUCAAUUGCGGCAAUUAAAUCUUCCUUCCGCGAAUAGAUAGGUAGACCUACUCAAAGGGAUUCAACGCGGCCGACUGAAAACGCGAAGCAAAAUUUAUGUGUUCUGUUACAUAUCUCUUUCUAAGCAAUUAACUCUUUUAAAGCAAUUAAUUCGUUUUGGAUCCCUUUUACGAAUCUUUUAUAACUGUAAGUUUCUCUCUCUUAGGAAUUAUAGAUUACGAACUAAUCUACAGAAUUAAAUUAGACUAGACUACAAACGCUUAACGCUAUGCAAUUUCAAAAUCAUGUAGUCAUUAGCGAAACAUGGAACUUUGUGUUUAUCAUUCAUACAAUUCACUUAUUACAAAAAUAUUUAUUACCAUUUUUUUAAGAAUAAAUAAUCCAUAAAUUUUUAGUUUUCUCGACAUUAUCAAUCGCUUUUUCUAUGCUAAUGUACAAGCCAAACAUAUAUGUUGUGGGUGAAUAAUUACCAUUUAUAAAAUACACAAAGUUGAUGUACAAUUAUCGCCACGGACGGCAAAAUGUAUUUUUUCACGGACCUGUUGAUUGAUUGACCGAUUACGAUCUAUUCCACGUCCAUUAUAUAUAGCGAAGCGAUUCACGCGACGAAAAAUCAAAGCCCGAUUGCAGUACUCGAUGAUGUCGGAAUUAUUUUGAGACUGACAAAACUCUCACAGUAGACACGACGAUUUCAUUGCAUCCGUCAAAAAAGUUACACGAUCCUACAUAAUCGCCAUAACUUCCUGAUAAAUGUUACGUGUUGAUACUUUGGACACGAUGCAUUGCCUUUUAAAAACUAAGGGUCACAAGUUUUGACUAUCAUUAAAGUCUAAUGUAGAUUAGCCUUAAGAAUAUGGUAAAUUAGCAUAUAAGAGAAAGAUGCUACCUUUCCAUAUAAUUAUUCUAUAAAAAAAAAUCGCUGUUGUAUGUUAGUGGCCCAUACAUGGCGACGUGCGUGCCUGUUCCUUCGUAAUUUAUACUCCAAAAAUGUUUUUAAUGCUUUUUAGCAUAGGUGAAAAAAAUUAAGUGCCGAUUUUAUUAGGUUCCGAUAAUAAUCAAUAAGAUAAAAAUUACACAAAUUAAAGACAACUGAUAGGAAUUAUUCUGUUGAGCUUCUAAUCUUUGAAAUCGGGUUAAAUUUUUAAAUCUCUCCUUGAAAACUAUUUCGUUCUGUAUAAUUAUUCUUAUUCUAAUAGAAUUAAACAGUUUAAUUUUUUUAAUUGAGAUCUAUUUUUUCUCGACUUUUCUCUAUUCUAGAUAUUUAAUAAUAUUAUAAACUUUCAAUAAUACAAAGCUGUCGAAUUACGACAUAUAGAGAGAUAGAUUUUUGAAAUCAUUUCUAAUCUUAUAAAGAUAAAGUUUAUUUUUACAGAAUAAAUCCUUGUAAGUUUCAAAGUAAUAACUGUUUUUUUCUUUAAAAAAUUUACUUUACAGAGUGCAAUCGGGAAUGUCAGCGUGUGAAAUCCACGGUUUCAACAUUACUGAUCGAACUCGCGUUCGAUCGUUAUUAAAGCAAAAAUACAAAAUCGUUAAACAACUCGCACGAAUUAGACAGCCUUUUGGACCUCAACGCCUAUUCUAUAUCUAUAACUUUUGUACCUCUUCAUAUAUAUAAUAAAACUCGCAAAUUUAGUCUCUGUACGCGUGCACGUGUGUACGUAUAAUAUAUAUACAUACAGGGUGUUCAUUAAUGGUUGUACCCACUUUUUACCAUAAGAGCCUGAUUUACCGACGGAUAUGUAUUUCUAACAUAUUAUUAUAAUAGGAAUAACAAAUGCGUGCUCCUAUGGUAAAACGUGGGGACAACCAUUAAUGAACACCCUGUAUAAAGAAAGGCAUUACAAGCAAAAUUUUACUAUCUAUCUCUUCAUCAUGGAAAUCAACUGUUCACACUUAAAUAAUGCAGGUUUUUCUAUCGCCAAACUUACUAAUGGGACUAAUUAUAAUUAUCGCUCACUUCUCAUUAAUUCCAUAAAUCUAAUUGUAAGGCACAUUUUGCGAACGAUUAUAUAUCUCUCCUCAUUGAUACAUAUAUAUAAUAUAUACUUGGCGAUUCGAAAGCGAGAAUAGUUUAAAUGAAUGAUGUUGAUUUGGAGAAUGCGUAUUUUGCGAAAGGCAUAGAUGUUUCUAAUAACGAUGGAAAAUUAUUAAUACGAUAAUUAUCACAGAUUUCCGUUUUGAUUUUAAAUUCUUUUAGAAGCUUAUUGUUUCCUGAAUACUCUGUUAUUUAAGUUUUAAUUUAGUAAUUUAUUAAUUUGUCUAUUUCAUUUUGCUCAAAUUAAAUUUACAUUAAGUGUUAAUUUAUUUAUAAUAAUUAUAAUGUAUUUUUCAUAGCAGCUUGAUCAAAAUACUUUGUUUGAGAUUCGAAUUGCGUCAGAUGUAAUAAUUAUACUUUGUAAAUUAUAAUUUAGGCUAUAUCUAACGAUAAAGCACUGUAUAUAAAUCGUACGUGCUGCGUACGCAUAAUCGGUAUGCAUACAUACAUACAUAUAUAAGCCAAGAUAAGCAAAUUAGCAUUUAACACUGUUGUAUAUCAGCACAAACUAAACUUUUAUUCUUCAUACCUAUACGCGAUUCGCGUCUACGCGCAUUACACGCAUAACGCGUACUGUUAGGUGUCUAUGUUUGAUACACGUGGCUAUCGUAUACAGGGCAUCGCAGAAAGCGACUGCAUUUUGAAAAAAAAGGAAAGAACAAUGGAGAACAACUCUGUUCUCCAAGUUUUAACAAAAAUGCGGUCGCUCGAUUUUAUACUGCUAGUACUAAUGUAAAGAAUUGCAUGUAAAAGUGCAAGUGCUCGAAUUACCGUCACUGGUACGCAUCAUCCUCUGGGAUUCCCGUGUAUACGUAUAUACACGUUGAAAUAAACCUGUCACACAUUUGCGCAGGGCGAGUUCAGGGGAAAAAGAGAACUGUUUAAUAGUUUACAUAUAUAUUCUCAUUUUUCAGAAUUUAAUUUUGUCAGAAGCUAGCUGUAGCUGUAAAAAGGAGAAAGGAAUAAGUUAAAGAAUAAAAGGCAGAAAGGGUAAUGGAAAGACAGUUACAGUAUGGAAAAGAAUAUGAUGAAGCAAAGAGAAAAGGACAGAAGAAACUCAAAGAAUAAAACACGAAGUAAAGGAUAUCCAGAAAAAAGAAAAGAAAAAAAUAGAAGAAAGAAGAAAAGACAGAAAGAGAAAAAGAGAGAGAGAGAGAAAAAGUGAACGAGUGAUAAUGACAAUAAUAGUGCAAAGUGAUUCGUACUACAAAUAGCAUCAUCGCUACGGGUAUAUCAAUAAUAACAGAUUCUGUUAAGUAAAUUGACUUGACGGAUUAUUUUUAAAUAAUUCAAUAAUAUUAAAUUAUAUUAAAUAUUUGAUAUAAAUAAUUCAAUAAAUUAUGUGGAAAUUAUCAUGUCAGCCAUAUGUUACCUAGUAAUACAUUAAAUUAAUAAAUUAUAGCAAUAUUAUAUGCGUCGAUAGGUAUACUCUAGCGUUAUUAUUAUUAAUUUAGAUAAUUUAAAAUUUAUAACAUUAUAAUAAUUUAUAAUGUUAAUAAUUUGUGGGACGAAUCACGAACACAUAGCCAUUGCAUGAGUGUACGAUUCACAUAUAUAAACAUAUUAUAAAAUUUAAAUUAUUUUAUAUUUUUGUUACGCCUCUCUGUGAUAUAAUAAGGGCACAUUCACCCCAUCCUGUAUAUGUGCGUUACAUAAUCUUCGUAUCUCGUUGAUUAAAGUGAAACCUUUUAAAGAAUGAAUCUUGCCAAGCCUUCCCUAUUGCAUUUCGAGAUGCACUCGAACGUACCUCCAUUAUUAAUAUAGAGAUUAAUAAAAAAAUCCAUUUUUACAAGAUUGUUAUUGUACAAUUUAUUUUUAUUUAAACGGAAUCGAUGAAAUUAUAUCAAAUGCGAAUUGCGAAUUUUUCAUUAUUUUCAGAAUAUUUAAUGUACAAUGCACAAUAAUUAAAGAUAUUACAUUUGGACGAUCGGUAUUUAUCCAAAGUAAUAUAGAUUUUAUUUAUUAAUAUAUAAGUGAUUGUAGAUGUUAUAAAUUAAUGUUAAAAAUAGUUUUUAAGGCAGAGCAGGUACGUUCGAGGUAAUGUUCGCGAAAAAUAUAAUAUGCAUCGUUAUACGAUAUAUUGUACUAUACUAUAUUAAUUGUACGAAAAUCAUAAUUGCAUUGACUUGUGGAAAAUAUUGUAAUUUAGCGAUGGUGGACAGUAAUUGUACAGUGAAUAUUUGUACGCUGUACAAUAUGUCUGAUACAGGGUGUAUCUCUGAAAUAGUGGAUCAGAAUUUGCAUAUAUUCUUAUAUUCUGCAUUAAUUUUUUCUUAAAAUACAUUGGAAUGUAAUAUUUUUAAUAAUUCUUCAUUUUUUAAAUUAUUUUAAAUUAAUAUAAUUCAUAAUUUAAUAAUUAAUUGUAAAAUAGACAAUAUUAUAUAUAUAAAUUAUGAAAACGAGUAACAAUAUAUUACUCCAUGUACAGUUUAAAGGAUUUUAAGAGAAUUUUAAUUUAUCAACUAAUUGCCGAAAUAUUUAACAAAUAUAAAAAAAUGGAGAAAAUGUAUGAAAAAGCCAUUUCUAAAUUUUCCAAAGACUACCUUACAAUUAAAAGCCUUGGCCCACUAUUUUAGAAAAUAAUUUCCAUCCUGUGUAUGCAUACCAAUACAUAGAUACAGAGUCAUGUACUAUUAAUUGUACACAAUUAUUGUUAAUUAUGGUUGCGGUUCUAUUUACACAAUUCGUUUAAUGAAUAAAUUUAAAAAAAUAUAUAUUUCAAUUAAUGGACAA